AUGGAUUCCUCUGAAAAAAAGCAUUUUACUUUUGAUGACAUUCCUGAUUUGACUGGAAAAGUUGCAGUUGUUACAGGAGGAAAUGCUGGGAUAGGAUAUGUUACAUGUAGGGAAUUAGCCAGAAAAAAUGCACAUGUGUUCGUAUUAGGUCGUAAUAUCGAAAAAGUUCAGGCCGCUGUUGAAAAAAUUAGAACCGAGACUGGUAAUCAAAAUGUUGAAUUUUUACACUUGGAUUUAGGAAGUUUAAGGUCUGUUAAAAAAUGCGCUGAAAAUUUUUUGGCUAGAGAUUUACCGUUACAUAUUCUAAUUAACAAUGCGGGAAUCUCAGCAGAUCCAUUUUCGCUUACUGAAGAUGGAAUUCAAGAAGAAUUUGGAGUAAAUCAUGUCGGCCAUUUUCUUUUUACUAAAUUAUUAUUGCCAAAAAUUAAAGCUUCAAAACCAGCACGUAUAGUAAAUGUUAGCAGUCGUGGUCAUAGAUUUGCUCCAGAGGGUGGAAUUGAAUUUGAGAAGAUAAAUGAUCCAAAUGCUCAGGAAACAAUGAUACGUUAUGCACAAUCAAAACUUGCAAAUAUUUUAUUCACUUACGAAUUGAAUAAACAAUAUCUUGAAGGAGAGCAAGUAUAUGCUAACUCUCUUCAUCCAGGUGUCGUAGAUACAAGCAUGUUAAGGAACUCUAGUGUUGUGACAGAAAACUUACGUGCUUCUGCAAUCUCACCUGAUGAUGGUGCUAUUACUACCUUGUAUUGUGCUACAAGUCCAGAAAUCGAAGCGAAGAAUUAUCGCGGAAAGUAUUUUGAACCAUUUGGUAAAGAAGCUGAACCAUUUAAAUAUACUAAUGAUGAUGAUUUGGCUAAAAGGCUUUGGGAAUUUACUGAGAAUUUGAUAAAUGAAAAAUUACCACAAAUAUCUAAUAAUUUUAGCAUAGAUUUAACUUUAAAACAAAAUGUUAUUUGCUCUUCAUUCGCAAAAUUAAUUACAAACUGGGAACUAAAGGUGUCACGAAAAUGGUUAUAUUGUAUAUGUAUAUAUCUUGAUCAUGCUAUGCAUCCAUCACUACGCUCUGAGUAG